AUCCGAGUCUGACCCGUCACUUGCUUCUUUAACUUUACGGCUCAGUCUUAAAACCAAAGAUAGGGAGAGAGUGUGUUGUGUCUGUGUUUGUACUACAAGACACAACACAACAGUAUCACAUUAUUUUCACAUUCCUCCUACCUUUUGUAAUCAUCUGUUGGAUUCUCGUUACAACCAAUAUUGCUUCUCUGAGAUCUAACCUCUUCUCCCCCUGUUAAGAUCCGUUCAGUGAUGGCGAAUCUAGUCCCUGGCGUAUUACUCAAGCUUCUCCAGCACAUGAACACCGACGUCAAAAUCGCAGGAGAACACAGGUCAUCUCUCUUACAAGUCAUUAGCAUCGUCCCUGCUCUAGCCGGUGGUGAGCUUUUCCAAAACAAAGGCUUUUACCUCAAAGUCUCUGAUUCAUCUCACGCCACUUAUGUCUCUCUCCCUGAUGAGCAUGAUGAUUUGAUUCUUAGUGAUAAGCUCCAGCUAGGUCAGUUUAUUCAUGUUGAUAGAGUUGAGUCUUCUUCCCCUGUACCGGUUCUGUGUGGUGUUAGGCCUGUUCCCGGUAGGCAUCCUUGUCUUGGCACUCCUGAAGAUAUUGUAGCUACUCACCCACUAGGCUUCCUCAGUGGUGGUGGUGACAAGGGUAAGAAACCGAAAGAGAGAGUUAAGGCAACUGCUAAAGGAGGAGUGGUUGCUCCUAAUGGGACUGAGAGACCAGCAGGAAACAGAGUUAAGGAUGAGUCUUGUGAGAGUAAGAAGCCUUCUGCUCUGUCCAGAUCCAAGUCGAAUUUGAGUUUGGAUGUAAGAAAGGAACCCUUGGGGAAGGUGAAGACUUCAAAGUCAAUUCCUUCCUCCCCCACUAGCUGUUACUCUCUGCCUACUUCUUUUGCAAAGUUUGCAAAUGGUAUUAAGCAGCAACAGGUUGUGAAACCGGACAAGGGGCGGUUUCUUCUUAAAGUGGAGAGUCCUAGUGUUGGUAAAAAGCUUCCUCUGAUUAAGAACUUUGUGCAAGGGAUUGAGUUUGGAGCUAAGGCCUUGAGGAAAAGCUGGGAAGGGAGUUUAGAUAUCAGAGCUUCAGAUAGCUCAAGACUGAUGAAGCUUACCAAACGUGAUUCAACCCCUGAUUCCAGGAGUUUAUCAGCACCGAGGAAAAGCACAUCUAGUGAGAAGUUACCAAGCAAACAAGAAAGGGCAAAUGUAUUUGCAACAAAGGAGCACAGUAAGACUCAACCAACCAAGAAGGUUGAGACAACAGGAACAGUGGACACCAAAGACAAAACGAGUAAGCCUAAGUCUACAACCGUAGACAAGAAAUCUAGUGCAGAGAAUGGAUUGCCUGGGAGUUUGGUCAAAGUCCCUGUUAAUAGUAAAAGAUUAGCUGCUGCUAGUAUCCAAUGGAGCUCACUCCCUUCAUCUCUUUCUAGACUAGGACAGGAGGUCUUGAGGCAUAGAGAUGCUGCUCAAGUUGUUGCAAUAGAGGCCAUGCAAGAAGCCUCUGCUUCCGAGAGCCUACUUCAAUGCCUCAUUAUGUACAACGAUCUUAUGUCAACGGCUAAGGAAGAUGAUCCAUUACCGGUAGUUGAGCAGUUCUUGAAGCUUCAUACUAGUUUGAAGAACGCUCAGAUAGUAACCGAGUCACUGUCUAGAUUAGUGUCUUCAACAUCUUCCUCAGAACAUGAAGAAAACAGAUCUGAGGAGGCUGUAAAAGCUGCUUCGGAGAAGCAGAAACUAGCAGCUUCUUGGGUCCAAGCUGCGUUGGUCACUAACUUAUCAGCCUUCUCGGUCUACUCCAGCAAACCAGCCGCAUCCAAGAGCAAACCAGUGAUCAUACUCGAGAGCCAGGGCAGUAAAACCCGUGGAAAUGGCCAAAACAGGCCAACGGUCGGAUCUAAACUGGUUGCACAAGGCAUGAUCCGUAAACACAGGGAGAACAGUAGCAGCAGCCAAAAGACCACCGCGUCAGCAGGAGGAUCGGAGUCUCCACCGCUAAAUUGGGUGAAAGGAAAUGGUCUUAACGAGGCAACUGAUCUUGCAGAGAAGUUGCAAAUGCUGUCUCAAGAUUGGUUUCUAGGUUUUGUAGAGAGAUUCUUGGAAGCAGACGUUGUGAACCUGUCUGAAAACGGACAGAUAGCAGGGAUGCUGUCUCAGCUUAAGAGUGUGAAUGAUUGGUUAGACGAGAUUGGGUCAAAAGAAGAUGGGCAAGGGUUACAAGAAGUUUCAAAGGAAACGAUUGAUGGAUUGAGGAAGAAGAUAUACGAGUAUCUUCUGACGCAUGUGGAGUCAGCAGCUGCAGCACUUGGUGGUGGUGGUGGCUCUGACUCUCCUCCUAGACUCAAACAAACCGAAACCAAAGCAAAGAGAUGAUAGAUCAUGAAAGCUUACUUACAUGUUUGUAUAUAUUAAAAUUGGCGGCUAAGAAGAAAGCUUACCAACGUGAAAUGUUGGUAUUAUUUUUUA